AUGUCCAAUGAGUUGGCCAACCAGGCGGGCUGGGAAUCCAACCCGCUGUCCUUCCUUUACCGCCAGGCAGUCAUCACACCAGCCGAGAUCCCAGAGGAGUUCGACCUAUCCGAAUGCACUCUCAUCAUGACGGGUGCCAGCAGCGGCCUCGGCCUCGAAGCCAGCCGCCAAUUCCUCGAGCGCUCGCUCGGCCGCCUCAUCAUGGGCGUCCGCAACACAUCAAAGGGGGAGGCCCUCGCAGAAGGUUUACGGCGGGAGUUCCCUCUGGCGCAGAUCCAAGUGUGGCACCUGGAAAUGGAGUCGUACGAGAGCGUUCGGGGCUUUGUCGCGCGGUGCAAGAAGGAAUUGGCGCGGAUCGACAUCGUCAUUCUCAACGCUGCGGUGGUCGCGCAGAACUUUACACUGUCGCGGGAGGGCCACGAGCUGAUGCUCCAGGUCAACUACCUGUCCACCACCUUACUAGCCCUCCUCCUCCUCCCGGUCAUGAAGCAGAAGAAGCCGGCGGGGGACCAGGCGAGGUUGGUCAUCGUCAGCUCGGAUUUCACGUACUGGCACACCCCAGAGGAGGACAUGGUGACGGGUUCCAUGUUCAAGCCCGCCGACAAGGAACACCUGUGGGAGUCUGGGAAGAACUACCAGCAGUCCAAGUUUUUGGGUCAGCUGUUCGUGGCUAAGCUGGCGACCUAUGUCAAUCCGAACCAGAUCAUUAUCAACCUCGCCAACUCGGGCCUCACCAGCGGCACCAACAUUGUCAAACCAGCAAGCGAGUCAUUCUUCAUGGGGCUGAUGAAGAAGACUAUUGGUCGAAGCGUGCAAGUCGGCGCAAGAAGCUAUCUUGACGCGGCUAUCGUCAAGGGCAGAGAGAGUCAUGGGAGCUUCACCUCGGAUGGGCUCAUAAAGCCAUGGCCAGCCGUGAUGUAUACUUCAGAGGGGAAUGGACUAAAGGAGAGGAUAUGGGCAGAGACGAAAAAGGAGCCUGGCUUUGCCGAGGCCUUUGCAGAGGUUGAAAAGGGUCUCUAA